AUCGAAGGAGUUAAAGGAACAUUACUGCGUGACUUCGACUCGAGAGUUUGAUUCGCGAGGUGCAAAGACCGAUUUUUUUCCCCACGAUAUCGGGCUGUUGUUUGCUUUGAGCAGGUGAAAUCUGUCAUUUUACGAUCUCAGGAACAUGACAGAUUUGAUAAACAAGAUACCCGCUCAGAAGACAGGUACAGAAUUCCUAGUUGCUUCUCAUUUUACAAUCAGUCAUGAAGAUCGCUGGGCUCCUAGCAAGGACCCACUUGUGUACAAGAGCACAUUUAAAAAGGACUACCCUCCUCUCCCUUUGACUAAGCGGGAGCGCAUACCUUCACCAUCUCCUGCAACAAUCAUGCACAAAGAUGACCGCUACAAUGAUAAGUGUUCCAUGACGCGAGGACACUUCGUUGGAAAAAAUCCAGGGAAACAAAACUAUGCCAACUCUACAUCUACGUUGACCAAAACCAAUUUCAAAAUGGACUCUGACAGACAGCUCAAGUCAUUCCAGACAACUCACAAAGAGUAUUAUCCAGUUCGGCCUCUUGAUGAAGCAAGGAAUCCAGCUGCUACAGGAAAAAAGGAUUGGAUGAGAAGCUACAUCCCUCAAGGUGAUAAAGAGAAGGAGCUUUGGCCACACUCAGACUACCGUAGUAAGUUCCUAGGGAAACAGCUCAGUAAAAAAGAUGCACUGGCACCCAUUGACAGAAACGAAGGACCACCUACUAUUACUGGGGAUGCAAGAACUCACCACAUGGGGCAAUUUACCACAACCACCAAGUCAGAAUUUGUUGGUCGUUAUCUACCAAAGCAGCAACUUUUGAAUCCGGCCUUGAGGGAUAGGGGAUCAAGUAUUCCCCAAGGUGAUCAGGAAAAGUGCAACUACUCCACCUCAACCCAACAGGAAUCUUUCAGACGACCCACUAUCAAAGAAUUAUCUGCUUUUGACAGGGGAGAGGCUGUCAAUAACCUGCGCAGAACUACCUUCCAAUUGGGUGACAGGCGUGUUCCUGGUCACUUGGGGACCACAGCAGCUGAGUCAUACCCUGUGCGCAUUAUGACAGACAGGAACAUGUCUGCCAACCUUGACAUGGGAAAAAGCAGCUUCCCUGAGGGAGACAGAGAUCCUCUACGAGCCCAUGAGCGAGUCAGUGUAACUACCAAUGACAUCUUCUAUGGAAAACCUGCCAUUGGAUUCAGAAAUAAAAUAGUUGAUGGUUCUCAUCUAAGAACUGAAUCUCAUGUGGAUCUGGGUGCUGCCAGAGGAGCACAGUUCUAUGAAACUUCAAUGAAAUCUGACUUCACUGCAGUAUCAGCUCCAUACAAGAAAGCUGAUCCAGGAAUGACCACAAGUAGCAGCAUUCCUCUUGACUAUUACAAAGGUGCACCUGUUACCAUGCCAACAAGCUGGAGUGAUUUCCCAUCUCGUGCUGGAGUCCCUAAACUUAUCCCCAACCCCCUGGCAGUUGACAAUCUUAAGAAGUCUCAUAUAAGACCUCCAAUUCCAGAGGAGAGAGAGUUCAGUACAACUCACCAAAGAACCUACACACCAAAGAAGACUUCAAGAAGAAGUGUCAAUUCUGGAAGUUUGCAGCGCAGUUCCAUCCCACUGGGAACAUUAAAUACUUAUGUCUAACUAUAGGAAACUUAUAAAAGUUGUGACUAGAGCAAUGAGUCUCUGUAUUUUUAUUGUGUAAAUAUCUCCUCCUUUUUUGAAAAUAUUAAGUAACCUUACAAACUCAGUUGUUUUUGUGACUAAAUAAAAUUGUUUUCACUCA